AUGAACUCGACAACUGCUCCGACAAAUACUUCAUCUGAAGAUAACGGUUCAGGCUAUCAUUUCUCGAUAAUAUCACUGUUGAUCGUCUUAAUUUUUAUUACCCUCUCUAUUGCCACUGUUGCGGGCAAUGGAAUAUUUCUUUUGACCUUUUACAAAGAUCCACUGAAAUGUCUCCGAACACCGUCUGCGAUUUUGAUCGCUGGUUUGACAAGCGCUAACUUCCUCAUUGGCCUGAUUGUGGAGCCUGCCUUUGUAAUAAUUUACGUCUUCGCAUUUGUGUAUGUUGAUGGCGCAGACUUCGACAAGUUCUACCGUUUUGCUGAAGUAUUCACGUUCAUAACCAUGAACAGCUCGUUUCUAAUUAUGCUAGCUCUGGGGGUCGUACAGUAUUUGCUGAUCCAGCACCCAAGAGUUUACCAAAAACUGGUCACGCCGAAAUCAUCAGUAAUUGGACUUAUUUUCAUCUUCGUGUAUUCCGUCUUCUUUUCCUUGUUGCCUGAAAUGACAGGCAUAAACAAAGCCUUGUUUACUUUCGUUGACCUGGUAGUCCAUAACACACUGCUGACAGUUGUUAUUGUCGUUCUCUAUAUGAUGGUAUACUUCGCAUUUCGCACGGUGGCUCAAAAACUCAGUGACACAAACCAAGAAGAGAGCAGCAAUGGUCAAAGGCCAGAAUGUGAGCGAGAGCGUCAGCGGGCAGAGAAGGACUUUGUGUACGGGACCAUCAUUUUGACAGUUGUGCUCAUAAUAGCAGCCUGGCCUCUCACUAUAACUGUCUUCAUUGCGAUAUUUCAUGAAUUGUCUCUAGGAGUUUGGAUAGCAUAUAUGGUCACCUUGUUCUUUCUUUUGUUAAAGUUUGCAGUAGAUCCAUUUCUAUUCACUAGACGCAUAAGAAAAUAUCGAAAGUCAGUGGUGCUGGUUAUGCGGAGAGUUUGUUCGUGUAGUGAGCCAGAAGCACCCAGGGCCAUAUAUCGAAGAGAGUCUCCCAGAAUAGGUGAUACUCCAUCAGAUUCUGAGGAUAUGCAAGUGACUGUGAUACAUGGGGAUAAUCCAAUGACACAGGAGCACACUGCUGUAGUAUGA